AUGCCGCCGCCGCCGCUGCCGGAGCGGUGGUCCAUCCUGGCUCGAAUCCCUAAAGUUGUGAAGGACAAGGAGGCGAAGCGCACCUUCCCGCCGGGCACCAACGUCUCCGUCGCCUGUGACGAGCUCCCGCGCGCCUCAAUCCUCACCGUGUCGCUCCGCAUCUCCCCGCCGCCCUGCCUCCCCAGCUACCCCUACGUCGCCGCUGCGGACCCCUCCGGCCUGCUCCUCCUCUGCGCCAUGGAGCCUAGCGGGGAGGUCACCUACCACCUUUGCCACGCGCGCACAGGUGAGGCCACCUGUUUCCGCGAGCACAACUGCCCCAUGGGCUUCGACGGCGCCAACGUCGGCCUAAUGACGAGGGGCGACAGCUACGUGGUCGCCGAGCCCCAGCCCUCCGGCGACGGCUCCGGCCGCGCCACGCUCCUCCGCUACACGGUGGGGCAGUACAAGUGGGCCGUGACGGAGCUCGCCUACUCGCCGCCGCUGCACCGGCAGUGGUUCUGCGAGGGGGUCGUCUCCCACGGAGGGAUGCUCUGGUGGGUGGAGCUCUCGUACGGCCUCCUCGCCUGUGACCCCUACUCCGACAAGCCGGAGCUGCUACACGUCCCGCUUCCGACGAUCAAUGACCCGCUUCCGGGAAAAGUGGAAAAUUUGGCCAACAGGGCCUCCCACAGCUGCGUGAAGGCGAGCAGCGGAAGGCUGAGGUACGUGCAGAUCCAUGGCGAUCCCGCCGCCCCGGUGGUGAGCACGUGGGCGCUCACCGAGGCUGGUAAAUGGAACCCCGAGCGCCGCGUGCCCUUGCCGGACAUCUGGGCCGACGAGAGCUACCUCGACGCCAUGCUGCCAGGGAGCAUCCCCGCGCUUGCGCUCCUCGACCCCGCGGACCCAGACAAGCUCUACUUCUUCCUCGGCUCCUGCAUCUUUGCCGUGGACCUGCGACGGAGGAAGGUUGUGGAAUCCGGUGAAUUCGAUAUGCCGGAGCCACCAAACCAGCUGAUCGUGCGCGCAUGGCAGUAUGAUCCUUCAAGCAGCCGUAAUAGAGCACUAUUAGAGUGUCUUUUGCGCCUGCUGGAAUUACGUAGAUUCACAGCAGCCUUCCUAGUUUUUUUUCUUUAA